AGAAAGACAAGAGAGAUAGAGAAGAGACCAAGCGUGAGCUAUAAAAGGCGAGUCACACACAGGUCGGCUCGCACAAUUCUCCCAGACACAGAAUGAGAAAGUGCUCCUGUUUUCCCUCGCUCCCUUCAGUCACUCUACCGUGCCCUGCGUGAUGAGCCUCGCCACCACCGCCCCUGCAAUAAUCCUCCUGGUGGCGACUGUAGCGGCGUCCCAACCCUCCCAGCAUUCACAGCCUUUCUCACACUCCUCCCCGUCUGCCACCAAGCCCAGUUUCUCAAGAAGGAUCCUAGAACCGCCUGAUAUUUCUGGUUUUAAGCGUGAGGGGAUUGUAUCAAAGGAGAUUAAGCCUGCAUCUACUUCUUCUCCCGCCCCUGGUCUGGUUGAGCGGUUCAGUAAAGGGCGACAAAAGGCUUCUCAACAGGGUGUGGUGGAGGCGAGGCGGGGGGCGCGGUUCUUCAGGCACGAGGAGCGAGGGCAGGACGAGCGUGUGAAGGGAACGUACGGCUUCGUGGACGCCGACAACGCCCUGCACGUGGUGGUGUACACGACGGACGCCCUGGGCCACAGGAUCAGGACGGAGACACACGAAAUCGAGGGAUAUGGCCACAUCCUUUCAGACAUCUUACAGGAGGGCGUGUCCACAGCGCAGGUGAAUGAGGAGGUGCAUCGUAUCCUGAAGGAGGGGAAGUCCUAUACGUCUCCAGCUUCUUCAAGCCAGGAGUCCUUUACUCCACCCACGACACAAGAGCCCAAGAGUCCUGAGGCAUCCUUUUCUACAUCCUCUGUAUCCUCUUCUACGUCAGUGACCUCCAAGUCCCCAAGAUCCUUUCCAGUAUCCUCAAGUCCUGCCCUUGAGUCCUCGUCUACGUCAGCCUCUUCCAAAUCCUUAAGAUCCUUCCCAGUAUCCCUCAGUCCUGCCCUCAAGUCUUCUGUUGUAUCUUCAGUGACCUCGAAGUCUCCAAGAUCCUUUCCAGAAUCCUUCAGUCCUGCCCCGGAGUCCUUUUCUACCUCAGAGUCUUCUAAGUCCUCAAUAUCCUUUCCGGUAUCCUUCAGUCCUUCCCUAGAGUCCUCCAGGGCCUCGUCAGCGUCCUCCUCGGGGAUCCCUGUGCUGACUACACCCUUGCCUCCCGUCACCACUGCAGGAUAUCGCAGAUCCACAAGGCAGACUCCUACGGAACAUGAAUCAUUUGUUGAGAAGGUGAACUUACCCUCGCCCUCUUCCUCGUCUUCCUCCUCCGGCGCCACCAUCACAAAGCUGCUUCCCCUUCGCUAUGAUGACGCUUCAGGAGGUUGGGUCAUCCUUCCUGCCGCCUCCAAUGAUGUGUUCGUGUCGCCUCCUGCCGAUGUCGUCACCUAUCCUCCGUCAUCGCCUCCAGAUUCAGAUAACCCAUCAGAUAGCACCACAUUCCCCCCACCACCCACCUUCCCCACCACGCCCCCCGCCAAGUACAUCAACCCGCCUCCAGGACUCAACCCGUCCCGCCCUACCUUCUUCAGUUACUCCACUGCAAGUUACAACAUUCCACGCUCGAAGACUCCUCCUCCAAGCUCAGCCCAAUCUUCCCGGGCCACUCCGCCUCUCUCCCUCUCCCUCAGCAUUCCUCUGAAGGAUACACUCUCGUCGCAAGAGCAGAAGGAACUGUUUGAUUACCUUCGAAGGACUCUGAGACGUGGUGGCGAGGGGCAGUUAGGUGAAGGAGUCCUUAGUAAGCUCGCUCUGCAGGAUACGGCUUCCUCCCUCCCCACCAUCGCCCGUCAGCAGUCACAGGGUGUUGUAAGGGAGGUUCUGUCAGCCACCCCCGUCGUCAGCGCCCCGUCGUUAGUACUAUUGACGGGGGAUUUGUUGAUGGCGGCACGAUAAACGGCGGGAUCAUCAACGCAGAGGCCCUUCAGGGAAUCAUUGAUCUCG